AUGCUGCAGUACCACGCUCUCCCCUUGCUGCAGUUGAACGUCCCGCAGUCGAUGAAGCUUGUUUCUGCUUACAACCGAGGCCUGUUUGAGCUGGUGGCCGUCGGCAUUCUUACUCUCCUCUUCCUCGUCUCGUAUUGGCUAGCUGUCAUCACCCCGCCAGGCAGCAUCCCGGAUACUGAAGAAUGGUCCUACGCGGCGCCCGAUGUUUUCGACAUAGAAGGACUCCCAUCUGUCGUGACUCAAUUCGAGAAAAUGUUCAUGGUGCUGUUCGCAGAGACGCUCGAUAUUUUCCUCUGCGCGCUCAUCACUGGGUUUUUCUUUUUCCACACCCACCUGGUUUGCAACGGCAUGACAACAAUUGAGUUCUGCGAGAAGCAGUUCAUGCGCCCGCGCAUGCCCGCUCAAGAAAGUCUGUGGAACAAAGGCUGUUGGAGAAACUUCAAGGAUGCCUUCGGAUCAAAUCCGCUAAUGUGGUUUCUGCCCAUCGGUAAGUACGCGUCCCAGAUACCGGGAAAGCCUAUAAUCGACCAGGAGAUGGUGUUCAUUUUAUCACCGAGGACACACGGCUGCUUCACACCCCAGUUCUGCGGCAAAUUCGCUCCUUUGAGCCGAUAA